AUGACGACAGCAAGCGUCUUGCUUACUGUAUCGACGAAUUGGGGCGCCAAUGAUCUUUGUGAAAAAGACGGGAUUGUACGAAAAGUGAGGAAUACGGCUGAAGUAGCUGCGCGUGAGCUUAGAGAGUCUCCAGCUACGAAGGAACAGGCUCUCCUUAAUAUGAGGGAAUGGAUUCAGAAGAAUCCAGAUAUAAGAAACGUAAGACAAGAUGAUACGUUUUUAUUACGAUUUCUCCGACACAAGAAGUUCAGCGUGCCAAUGGCUCAGCAGACACUACUUAAGUAUUUAAACCUCCGAAAAUUCUACAGCAACUGCAUGGUAAACCUGGACUGUCAAGAUCCGAACCUGAAGGAAAUUAUAAGCAGCGGGUACAUUGCAGUUUCACCAGUUCGUGACAGCUUGGGUCGGAGGGUCAUAGUCUAUAACAUGAGUAAAUUCAAUAUAAGCAAGUUCACAUGCUGGGAUAUGGUCCGCGCGCAUAUUGUGAUCUACGAAACAUUGAUGGAAGACCAGACGGACCAGAUCCAUGGCUUCGUGCACGUUGGCGAUGGUAUGGGAUCCAGUAAGACACACGUCACGGCUUGGAACCCUAUAGACUUCGCUCGGCUCAUUAAGUGGGGAGAGCAAUCCUUCCCAAUGCGCCACAAAGGUUUCCAGCUGUUCAAUGUCCCAUCGGCUCUUAAAUACAUUAUUGAUUUUGCUGCGAGCAAAGUGUCUCCCAAAAUAGGCGAGCGUUUACGUCUCCAUUCAACAAGCAAGACUCUAUACAAAGAAAUGGAUAUCUCUUGUCUGCCAACAAAAUUCGGCGGCAAGAUUCCUUUACAAGAAAUGAUUGACUUCACUCAUAAACUCCUUGAGGAGAAGCGGCAAGUUCUUCUUGACCUCGACGACAUGGAGAUCUUAAGUACAAGAGGAAUUUUAUCUUCAAGAAAUACCAGUUCAUCCCCUGAAGGAUCUGUAGAAGGCAGUUUUAGGAAGUUAGAGAUUGAUUAA